AAUUCCUAUGCAUAUUCAGCUUAUAUAAAGAAAUGACCACACAGUACAGUAUUCUCUUCAAGCAAGAACAAGCACAUGAUGAUGCCAUCUGGUCAGUUGCAUGGGGAAAGAAUAAAAGAGAUGGUUCUGAAACAGUAAUCUCUGGAUCUUUAGAUGAUCUAGUGAAGGUCUGGAAAUGGACUGAUGAAAAAUUAGAUCUACAAUGGACUUUAGAGGGCCAUCAACUGGGUGUGGUAUCAGUAGAUAUCAGCCACACAGGUACCAUUGCAGCAUCCAGUUCCCUAGAUGCUCAUAUUCGUCUUUGGGAUUUAGAAACUGGCAAACAGAUCAAGUCCAUAGAUGCUGGUCCUGUUGAUGCCUGGUCGUUGGCUUUUUCACCAGAUUCCCAGUAUCUUGCAACAGGAAGUCAUGUGGGAAAAGUGAACAUUUUUGGUGUUGAAACCGGAAAAAAGGAAUAUUCUCUGGACACUAGAGGGAAAUUCAUCCUUAGCAUUGCAUAUAGUCCAGAUGGAAAAUAUUUAGCCAGUGGAGCAAUAGAUGGCAUCAUCAAUAUUUUUGAUAUUGCAACUGGAAAACUUCUGCAUACGCUAGAAGGCCAUGCGAUGCCAAUUCGCUCAUUGACAUUUUCUCCGGAUUCCCAACUACUCGUUACAGCUUCAGAUGAUGGAUAUAUCAAAAUCUAUGAUGU